AUGGAACUUGAAGAGUUUGAGCUGGGGCUCCAAAUCCACGGCAGCCCCUUGGUUCCCUGGCGAGCAAGUUCCGAGGUCCUUGAGACGUACAACGCAGACCUUGUGAGCCCCGGCUUGGUUCUGGGCAUGUGCUACGCGUCGCCGGAUGCCGGCAAUGACUCUGAACCCAACAACAGAUCAAUUCUCUUUGCUCCAUUAGCCGGGAGUGAUACAACUCGCUGGUUUCAUACGAGGCUGGUCCUUGUAGUAGAAAUUCUAGAAGAUGGGAGUGUGAGGCCCCUUUACUUCGUCUCAAACGUCGUCGACGACGACGACGACGACGAUACAAAAAGGCACCCUCCGCUUGAUCAAAAUGACGGCGACAUACCGGCAAAGUUCCGAGUGGAAUCUACCUCAAAACCACAGAUUGUGGAGACCGGCGCAGUCGCCUCACACUGGAAAGAUACUCUGCCAACUGCCCUCUAUCCCCUCAACAAGGCGGAAGAACAGAUGUAG